GGUUGUGCCAGACUACCGCGUUCAGGCACGUCGUCAAAAAAGGCGGGCACUCGUCGUUGUAUCGGGUGUAACAAGACGUCAUAUACACUAUACGGUAUGUAACAACCGACAGGAAUGGAAAAAAAUGGCGGCCGUUUUUUGACACCCGUACCCGUGCCGCCUCCGUCCCCGUCAUCGGGCGUAUGCGUGCCGUCCCCGAAACCGCUGCGCGCACCGACGAUCGCCGUUUUCCGACGCCCGUCCGAUUACGGUUCACCGUUUUGUAAGCGCGUAGCCGCGUAAACGACAACCACUGAAUAAACCGUAAUAUAAUCAUAAUAUUAAAACGUCGUCGCGCCGGCGUCAUCUCAACGGACGCCUGACACUACACCGCAGCCGCCUUCGCGAACACCGCGUAAGUACAGAAUACCUACUCUUCGUCACUUCGGUACCUAACUCGACGUAACGGGAUCGGAGGAUCUCGACUCUGAUCUGUGACUCAGUUCUGAGGUGCGAAUGUACGAAACUAUCGUCAACUCUUCGUCCGACAAUAGCAAUAAUAAUAACACCAAUAAUGGUAUUAUUAAUAAAUACGAUUCUUCGUCGUCGCGCACACAUACCCCACAAUACAAUAUCAAUAUGGUAAUGUUAGUUUUUAACGCGUCGUCGAUCGGUCGCUACUCGCGCUCGCGUUUGUCGUCGUAGUCACUGUCACUCUCGAGUCUCGACUCUUGAUACCCGUUGUCGUCGUUAAUAAUUGUGAGCACUGAGCGUCGUUCAUGAGCUACAUGAGCAGCGCGGCGGUGGCGGCCGCGGCCAACGGCGCGUCGUAAAAUAAUAUGUGUACGGUUGCCGUGUGGCGGCGCUUUCAUAGAAUUAAUAUAUAUGUCUCGCCGCGGCUGUUAAUGAUGCCCCCCGUGUACAAAACGUGUAUUUAAUUAACAAGACCUCAACAAUGUCUGAAAACGAAGGAACUAUUGUAUUAGAUAGUGGAUCAUCUGCAAAUACCAUGACUAUUGAUGGGACUCACAUAAAAUUGGAGGCUACAACCUCUGGCACUGAAAAUAUAACAGAUAUACAAAAUUACUUGGAUUCAUUUAAUAAAGAGAUUGAAGGAAAUGAAGUAACCCAAGUACAAACUGAUGGAGAUUCAGUAGAACAUGCAUAUUUCAUAGAUCAAAAUGUCCAAUAUUAUUAUCAAACAACUACAGGAGAUGGCCAGAUGGUUAUGGUUGGAGGACUUUCAGAACACGAUGCACAAAUGAUGGCUAACACAAAUGAUAACAAUAUGGACAACGUAACUCAAAUCGUUCUGCCUAAUGUACAAGAUAAAAUUAAAAAAGAUAUUCCCCAAAUUGUUGCUUUAGGAGAUGGUAGUGGGUAUCAAACAGUCACUCUCGUUCAAGCUGACGCUGACGCCAACAAUUACGUUCUUUAUGUAGUCAAACAACAAAAUGAUAAAAGUGAUGAAACAAGCCUUAGUAUGGAGAUUUCUCAAGAAGACCCUGAUCCAGAUGAUCCUGAUGUUAAUAAUGUAUAUGAUUUUAAUGAUGGCGAAGAUCCAACUCUACCAAAAAAACAGGAAAUUAUAGAUUCGGGCGAAGAAGAUGAUAAAUCUAAAAUACUUAAAUUAGUACCUAAAAAGUCACAGACUGUAACACAAGCACAUAUGUGUAACUAUUGUAAUUACACUACUGGAAAAAGGUAUUUAUUGUCUCGUCAUAUGAAGUCUCAUUCUAAAGAACGUCCUCAUAAGUGUACUGUUUGUGAACGUGGAUUCAAAACUCUAACUUCUUUGCAAAAUCAUGUUAAUACUCAUACUGGAACAAAACCAUAUCAAUGUCGAAGUUGUCCAAGUGCAUUUACUACAUCGGGAGAACUUGUUAGACAUGUUCGUUAUAAGCAUACUCAUGAAAAACCGCAUAAAUGUACAAUAUGCGAUUAUGCUAGUGUAGAACUUAGCAAAAUGAGAAACCACAUGAGAUGUCACACUGGUGAAAGACCGUACCAAUGUCCCCAUUGUACUUAUGCAAGUCCAGAUACAUUUAAAUUGAAGCGCCAUUUGCGUAUACACACUGGUGAGAAACCAUAUGAGUGUGAUAUUUGCUUUUCUAGGUUUACCCAAUCCAACAGUUUAAAAACACACAGACUAAUACAUAGCGGUGAAAAACCUGUAUUUAAAUGUGACCAUUGUCCAGCCACUUGUGGUCGAAAAACUGAUUUACGCAUUCAUGUACAAAAGCUUCAUACUUCCGACAAACCUAUUAAGUGCAAACGAUGUGGUGAUGCAUUCCCUGAUCGUUACCAAUACAAGGUUCACUGUAAAUCACACGAAGGGGAAAAAUGUUAUAAAUGUGAAUUGUGUCCUUAUGCUUCCAUGUCUCAGCGUCAUCUUGAAACUCAUAUGUUAAUACAUACAGAUGAAAAACCAUUCCAUUGUAAACUAUGUGAUCAGUCAUUCAGACAAAAACAAUUACUACGCCGCCAUCAUAAUCUGUAUCAUAAUCCGGCAUAUAUACCACCUCCACCACAUGCGAAAACUCAUCAGUGUAAUACAUGCCAACGAUCAUUUAGACAUAAAGGAAAUUUACUAAGACAUAUGGAAGUUCAUAUGCAAGAAUCCACUGGAAAUGAUCGAAAUACAGCAUUAAAACAAAGACUAGAGUAUACAGAUUCAGCUAAUGAAGAUGAAUCUGAAGAGGACACAAGUAUUCCAACAAGUGAAACUGGAGUUGUAGCAGUAGAAGGCGACGAUGGACAGCAAUAUGUUGUACUUGAAGUGAUUCAACUUGAUGGUCAAGAUCAGAUAGAUAGUUACACGUCUACAAGUGUAUCAAUACAACAAGCCGAUCAAUCUUCUUCACCAAGUCAAAAAGACCUUACAAUUUUAAAAACAGCGUCUCUGUCAGACGUGAAAGAAGAAUGUGGUGAUGGCGUUGAAAAUUGUUUCGGUUUUGAUGACGAAGAUGAUGAAGAAACAACAAACUCAGGUGGUUAAAAGUAACUAUAAUUCAAGUGUAAAAUUUUAACUCAAACUUUUUACAUUUCCUUUUAUAUUAUUUGUGUAUCGAGUUUAAUGUUUUUAGCAUUUAUAUCAUAAUUGAUGUAUAGUGUAAUAUAAUUGAACAAACUGCUCUUUUAAAACUAUAAUUGAUGUUAUUUUAGAUUUAAAUUAUUUGAACUUUUGAAAUAAGUAUCCAAUUUUAACUGCAAUACAUUUACUAUUAUAGCUAUCGGUUUAUCUAUGUCUAAUUUAUUUUUGUUUUUAUUUCAAUUUUGUAUUUUGAAAAUAAAUUACAUAAUAUACUUAAACUAAGUCAUUAGAGAUUAACAAAUUAGCGUGUUUAUAUUCAUGUAUGGCUUAAAUUAUUUUAUAAAUAUGAUUUUAAAUUGUUUUUUAUUCGAAUUAUUAUUGAAUAUAAUAUAAGCAAACGAAUGUACCAACUAACUGUUAACAAAACUAAUAGUCAAUUCAACAUCGCUGAUUUGUGUUUUAUUAUAUACAUACUUAUUUUAUUGCAUUUUUUACUGUGUGAAAAAAUUGAAAAAGUAGAUUAAUACCUAUGACCUAACGUUUAUGAAUAAGGUUUAGAGAACAGACUUUUUUUAUUGUGAAAAUCUGGUUUCUUUUAAUUAUACAAUGUUUAUUUAAA